AUGGGUUCCGAACAAAAGCCGACGAAAAGGCUAGUCGCCAGUUGUGUGAAGGGAUUCUUCAAUCUACUCGGAUUACUAUCGCCGUUCACCAUCCACGGCAAUAUCAUCAUCCAGCACCUGUGGCGGUCCAAGUGCGAUCCCAAUUCCUGGGAGCUGUGGAAGCACGAACACAGUUACGGCUGCGUAGCAUAUCUGCGAGCAGUCAUCGUCGGAAAUGCCCACUACAGCCUGAUGAUGUCCAGGACUAAAAUGGCACCGGUCAAACGGCAAGCGAUUCCCCGUCUGGAGAUGAUGGGCAUCAUAAUGGGGGCCCUAACCGUUCUGGACACGCACUCCUAUCAAAUCAACCGCACCGUUUUCUAG